CAAUGUGGCCUGUUUUGCGGAUUCGGCAGUCUCAACAAUAACCCUCUCUUACUCAUAGAUAUGAUGAACUACAGGGGAGUUCCGCAAAAUUUCCGCAGUAUAUAAGUGAACUCGGACUGCGGAAAGCUUUCAGACUGUGUGUGUGAAAAAGGACUGAGGGAAGAGUAAAGAGUGUGGGGUUUAUGGAUCGCCAGCCAUCCGCAGCACAUCUGCACUUUUGCGCCGCUGUUUGCAGCUCCGGCUGCGGCUCCCCGGCGCCGCCCGCUGGCCGCGGCCCUGCCGCCUCAGGCAGCCCGGAGACGGUGGAUGCCUGUGCGUGGAAGUCGGAGGCAGUGCCGAGGCAUUGGGCCCCCGUGCCGGCUCAAAGGGACUCGGACAACUCGGCGACAUUCUUCCAGGAGCUGCGGAGGCUGAGGCUCCAAAUAGCCAGUUUAGAAAAGGAUAAGAAUACUUACCUUUUCAGUAAAAAGAAUGAGAGAGCAGAAUAUAGCACUUUUGAAGAGCUGGAUCUGAAGAUGGCAAAUAACAGGAAAACAGAACAGAUGAAAAUUCAACAGCAACUUGCAAAAAUACAUCAUAAUGUGAAGAGAUUCCAGGGACAGCUAAAAGAUGUCAAACCUACUCCAGAAUUUAUAGAAAAAUUAAGGGAGAUAAUGGAAGAAGUUGAAGAUUCAAUUAAUGUCUUCAAAGAAGCUCAACGACAGAUAUAUGAAAACCUUUUGAAAGAAGAAAAAGUUGCUACUCAAGAAGUUUUAGCUGUGGAAAAGAAAAUAGAAAUAUGGGCCCGUAAUCCGACUGUGAUUUCUAAGACUGCCUUAGCAAAGGGAUCAUCAAUUAAACCAGCCAAUGUGCUGGUGGAAAUUGCAGACUUUGAAAAGUUCCUUCAGCAGACUGGACACCAAGGUGGCUGGGAUGAUUUUGAUCAUAAGAACUUUCUCAAGGUAUGGACAAAACACAAAGGGAAGCCUUCUUUUAUUGAAGAAGCUCUACAGUAUUUGGUUGGAAGGACUCGAGAGGAUAUAGUUCAACAUGAACAAUGGUAUCAAGAGUUUCUCUUUCUUGAAAGAAGGCAGAAAGAGGCUAUUCAAAGGUGGAAAAUGGAGAAGCAACAAGAAAAAGAAAAGCUGAUGAGGUUGCAGGCACAGAAUGGAGCUGAGUUAGAUGCAGAGCAGCAGGCAAAAGAAGAGGCUAAACGACUCAGGGCUGAAAAGGAGAGAAAAGAAAGAGCUAUCAAGCUCCAGUUGUGGAAGAAAGAAAAGGAAUUGGAGUUUGCUCAAGAGAAAGAAAAACAAAUGAAGGAAGAAGCAGAGAAAAUAAAAAGGGAAAAAAAGGAACGUUUAAGGCGGCUCAAAGUGAAAAAAGUUCUUGAAGAUUAUGCUAAACAAAAGAAGGAGGAAGAGGAGUUGCUGCAGCUGGAAGCCCAAAUGAGGGAGCAAGCGGAAAGAGAAGAAAAACAAUGGCUUGUGGCAAAAGAAAUUUCCAGGUUUCAAGAGCGAGAUUUUAACAAAUUGGAGUUCAAAUUAUUGGAGAAGCGAAUGCAGAAAGAGAUGGAGGAUGAGCAAGAAAAGAGAUUUUCCAAGCUUAAAGAGAAGGUCGAAGCUCAAAUACCGCGUGAUCCGUCUAGACUAUUCAAACUGACCAAAGGUUGGGAGGAACACACAAAAAAUAUCGGGAAAAGUGAUGGUGGGCCUGUGCUAUAUCUUCCUCACAGGGCUGUUCCUAAUUGGCGGAAGGGGAUAUAACAGUGUUGGAAUCGGACUGUUUAGUAGUAAUUGUAUGUCAUCUACAUUAUUAAAUAAAUUGAUAAAUGUUACAUA